UGCUCAACGGCCAGUCUUUAAAUGGAUAUUAUAAACAUCACUUAGAAACUAAAAGGCUUAUAUUUCUCCCUUCUACCUUUAUUUCUGAAUUACUUCAUGCAAAUAUAAGACUUCUAAAUGUUUGCAUAUCUGAAUUCUGUAAAGCAUCAAAUUACAUCUUUAUUUUGUAGUUGAAGCAACCAAGAAGUCACUUUUCCCCAAACAAAACAAGAUUGUGAAUGCAAAGAAGAAAACAAAAUGGUAGAGGGAGGAAUAAGCAAAGCAGAUAAAACAGAGUUCACAAAUUACUGGAGUGCAGUAUAGGAAACUCCAUAUAUUAUGAGGCUGGCUUUAUUAGCUGGCAUUGGAGGAUUUCUUUUUGGUUUUGACACCGGUGUUAUUUCUGGGGCGCUUCUUUACAUAAAGGAAGAUUUUAAAGAAGUCGAUGAGAAAACGUGGCUUUAAGAAACUAUUGUUAGUAUGGCUGUUGCUGGUGCAAUUUUUGGUGCUGCCUUUGGUGGUUGGCUUAAUGACAAGUUUGGACGGAAAUUUUCCAUUCUCAUAGCUGAUGUUCUCUUCCUUAUUGGUUCAGUCGUUAUGGCUUUUGCUCCGGUUCCUUGGGUGAUUAUCCUUGGAAGGAUAUUCAUUGGUUUAGGAGUUGGAAUGGCCUCAAUGACAUCUCCUCUUUAUAUAUCAGAAGCUUCUCCUCAUAAGACCAGAGGUGCCCUUGUCAGCACGAAUGGUCUUCUCAUUACUGUAGGACAGUUCCUUGCGUAUCUAAUCAAUCUUGCCUUCACUAAUGUGAAAGGAACGUGGCGUUGGAUGCUUGGCAUUGCUGUACUUCCGGCAGUUAUUCAAUUGUUGCUCAUGCUUACCCUCCCCGAGUCUCCAAGAUGGCUUUACAGAAAGGGCAAAGUGGAUGAAUCGAGGGAAAUAUUGGCGAAAAUUUAUUCAGCAGAGGAAGUAGAGGACGAAAUGCUGGCGAUGAAGAAGUCAAUUGAAGAAGAAAAGGCAAUUGAAGGUUCAAUUGGGAGUAGCACAUUUACUCAAAUCAAGAAAGCGUUUGGAAACACGGCAUGUAGAAGAGCACUCUACGCCGGUAUUUGUGUUCAAGUGGCUCAACAAUUUGUCGGUAUCAACACUGUCAUGUAUUAUGGCCCGACUAUCAUGCAAUUUGCUGGAUUUGCAUCUAAGAGGACUGCUAUGGGACUAACUCUUAUCACCUCUGGUCUCAACGCAGUUGGAUCAAUAGUUAGUAUGGCGUUUGUCGACAAAUAUGGCAGGAGGAGACUCAUGACGAUCUCCAUGAUCGGUAUCAUUUCUUGCCUUGUUAUCUUGUCUGUUAUAUUCUUCCAAGCAGCCGCGCAUGCUCCAGCAGUCAGCAGCAAUGAAUCUGCCCAUUUCGGCAACAAUACUUGUCAGGCUUAUGCUAAUGCCCCCAAUCCAUCCUCUUGGAAUUGCAUGAAGUGCUUGGCUAAAAAAGCUAAUUGCGGAUUUUGUUCAAAUACCAAUCUGUUUGCUCCCGGAGCAUGUAUAGCUAAAACAGACGCACUCGAACAAGCUUGCCAAGCAGAGAAACGCGUUUGGUACACCGAAGGUUGUCCAAGCAAGUUCGGAUUCUUAGCCGUGAUUUUUCUUGCAUUAUACAUCAUACUAUACUCACCAGGUAUGGGAACAAUACCAUGGGUUGUCAACUCUGAGAUUUACCCCUUAAAGUUCAGAGGAGUAGGUGGAGGAAUUGCAGCAGUUUCCAACUGGACUUCAAAUCUAAUUGUUAGUUUAACAUUCUUGACAUUAAUCGAACAUCUUGGCUCUUCUGGCACGUUCCUCCUAUUCGCGGGCUUUUCACUUCUUGGACUCAUUGCCAUCUUCUUCCUCGUUCCUGAAACCAAAGGGAUGCAAUUCGAGGAAAUCGAGAAAGUGUUGCAGAAAGGAUACUCUCCAUUUAGGAAAAACACUACUACUAAAGAAACCUCUGAUCACACAAAAUGAUAUCCAUAGUGUAUAUACAGAGAGCAUUAUUUUUUCGCCUUCCUCAUUUAUAUUGUAUUACAUAUGCACACAGAUAUUAAGUUGUAAUCAAAUUGAAAAUCAGACAACUUGUUUUACUUAUUA